AUGUCGACCCAAAAGACGAGUAAACAGCCUCAAUCUAUGAACUCAUCAGGGUCCUCUUCUUCUACAAAUGGCUCAUCAAGCAAGAGGAAUCAAAUGCGCGACACGGUGAUUGUAGGCCUCGAUAUAGUGGCCAAUAUAGCCGAAGGUUCAGACAUACUUGCUCCUCUAAAGGCAGCUUGUCGAACAACAAAGUUAAUUCUUGAAGCAGUGGAGAACAACCGAGAGGAGUGGAAGAGUCUAUCGCGACGUCUGGAAGGAUACACGUCCGCGCUCGAGGAGAGAACUGCGUUGAUCGAGACGUAUGAUCCAAGGGAGAGGGCAAUCGUCCAGGGGUUUCGCCAACCGCUCAUCCGUUAUCUUCAAUUUCUCAAAUCCACGUACGAUACGGUCAUCGAGAUAGAGAAGCGCAGUCGCAGCAAAAUCGGCUUCUUUAAAGCGUUCAGCAAAGUGAAAACUGAUGCGGGGGAAAUUAUUCGACUCAAUCGAGAUGUUGAGGACCAGCAUAGGCAGUUUAUGGAGGCACUGACUCUUUUCAUUGGACUACGUGUUCGGGUCAUUGAGGAGAAUACUAAGAAUAUCCAAGCAAAUGUUGAUGCCACCGCUAUUCUUCAGCUGCCAACGGUACCAUUUGUCGCAUCCUCGGUCCACAGUACCUGUCUCAAAGGAACCCGUGAGGCUGUUCUUCAAACAAUAUGGCACUGGGCCGAUGAUGAUGCCUCGGAGAAGCCGAUAUUUUGGCUCUGUGACAUAGCCGGCUCCGGCAAAUCCACAGUAGCAAUGUCCGCAGUGGAAACUUGGCAAAAGCAGGGAGUGCUUGGUGGUUUCUUCUUCUUCUCCAUAGCGAGCAGUGAAGGAUCAACCACCGAAAAGUUCUGCUCGGCUAUUGCAAGAGACAUGGCCCAUUACAUUCCGGAGCUUGCCCCUCAUGUUGCUGCGGCUGUCAAGCGAAACCCCUCUUUCAUGCGAAGCUCUCUUGACGAGCAGUUCCAAAUGCUCGUCUGUGACCCUGUUCACCAUCGGCAAGGGCGCGUGAUCCUUGUCAUUGACGCUCUUGACGAAUGUAAAUCUGGGCCACGGAGAAGAGAACUUGUGGACGCGCUGUCCGCUGCUGUGCGGAAAAGCAAGAACCUCAAGAUAUUUAUAACAAGCCGGCCGGACCCCGUUGUCCAAGCAGUCUUGGGGUCACUCUCAAUCAAAGCCAAGCUGGAGGACCGUCUCCAUGAUGUCAAGCAUCGAGAUAAUGUCGAUGACAUCGCAUUAUAUAUCCAUCAGUCACUGAAUGGUGUACUAUCGCACGAUAAACGACAACGGCUGGUCAAAAAAGCCAAUGGUUUGUUCAUCUGGGCGAGUACCGCAUGCCAGAUGCUCACUAGAGAAACCAUUAUGAGCUCGCCUGAGGAUAUAUACGAUCGCUUGAUCUCCAUGGAACAAACCGGAGUCAUAGACAACGUAUAUGACCUCGUCUUCGAGCGCACAGACUCGGAAUACCACGAGGUCAUGUGUACAAUGCUGGCACUCCUGCUCGCUGCAUUCGAACCGAUCACGGUAGACGAUCUGGAUGACCUUAUGAAGCAUGGCAAGAUACGUGGAAGUGCCAAGGCAUUGGUGCAAAAUCUCGGAAGCGUACUCAGCAGAGAUGAGACUACAAACCUCAUUCAAUUUCGUCACCCCACCUUGGUCGAAUACCUUCGACGCUGCUCCAUCGACCCAGCGAAUGGUAGCCGCAAUAAACUCCGUAUCAAUGUUAUCGAUGCGCAUGGUCAAGCUGCAUCGUGGUGUUUCAAACGACUCAAGUCGCCCACUGAAGGUCUCAGAUUCAAUAUUUGCCAGAUCGAGUCGUCCUUCUACCUCAAUAGGCAGAUCCCCGAUCUUGACACCAAAGUGACGAAGUUGAUUCCGAGCCGACUUCGAUAUGCCAGCUCCCACUGGUCAUUUCACCUGGCGGAAACGGACGAAAAGUGGCGAGAAAGACUCAAGAACGAUGUUCAACACAUUAUUAAAAGUCCAUUUGUGCUCUACUGGAUGGAAAUCCUUAGCUUCACGGGAGGAGUUCCACGAGCGAUAGCCGGCUUUCGAGCCGUUACACGUCAGAUAGGACUCGACGAUGGGAUUAGGCGAAGCAUGACCGAGAUACGACGGUUUAUGAUGGCGUUUGCGGUGCCAAUCCAGGAUAGUGCUCCACACAUCUACAUUUCGGCCCUUCCAUUUACUCCUAAAGAGUCGGCGCUGCAUAUCGAAGGCUUGAAAAUGUGCCCAAAUACGCUUACUGUGACUCAAGGGCUUGAGGAGUUUUAUCCCGGACUCCCUAUGGCCCUUCGGGGUCAUGAAGCGCCAGUCUGGGGAGUGGCAUUUUCCCCAGAUGGCUCUCGAAUUGUCUCUAGCUCAUCAGAUAAGACAAUUCGAGUGUGGGAUGCGGAUACUGGUCAGCCAUUCGGGGAGCCGCUCAGAGGUCACGAACGCUCCGUGGAUGCUGUUGCAUUCUCACGAGAUGGUUCAAGAAUAGUAUCUGGCUCGUACGAUACCACCAUUCGACAGUGGGAGACAGAAAGUCGUCGACCACUUGGAGAACCAAUCCGAGGUCACCAAUACAAGGUCAACGCCGUCGCGUUCUCGCCAGAUGGCUUACAAAUUGUCUCUGGCUCGGACGAUAAAAUGGUUCGACUAUGGGACGCGGAUACUGGUCUCCCGUCGAGAAAGCCACUCCAGGGUCACAAAUCCUCGGUUCUGUCUGUAGCAUUCUCGCCAGACGGCUCACAAAUAGUCUCUGGUUCGUUCGACAAGACGAUUCGACUUUGGGACGUAAGCAGUAGUCAAUCGUUGGGGGAGCCACUCCGUGGUCAUGAAUCCUCGGUUUUGGUGGUGGCAUUCUCACCUGACGGCUCACGAAUCGUCUCUGGCUCAGCUGAUAAUACGAUUCGCAUAUGGGACGCACAGAGUUGCCAGCUGCUGGGAAACCCGCUCUAUGGUCACGAAGGAUAUGUUUCAGCGGUUUCGUUCUCGCCAGACGGGUCGCGGAUCGUCUCUGGCUCGUAUGACGCGACGCUUCGACUGUGGGAUGUAGACAGUGGCCAGCCGUUGGGAGAGCCCUUUCGAGGCCAUGAAUCCGCUGUAUGGGCUGUAUCCUUCUCUCCAGACGGCGUGCGAAUCGCUUCUGGCGCGAACGACAAGACAAUUCGGCUAUGGGACGCAGACAGUGGUGAGCCGUUAGGAGAACCACAUCAAGGUCACAGAGAAUGGGUUUCGGAUGUUAAAUUCUCGUCAGAUGGCUCGCAAAUACUCUCACACUCGGAUUGGGAAGACAUUCGACUGUGGGACGCCUAUAGUGGGAAACCGUUGGAAGAGCAGCAAGGAAGUGAGGUCGAAUCAGCCAUCUACGCCUUCGACGCCCAACGCUCGCCCGACAACCUGCAGAUUUUCUACACCCCGUCCGACAAUACGAUUAGACUGUGGAAUGAAGAAAGUGGCGAGCCCUUAGGAGAGCCAUUCCAAGGCCAUGAAGGCAUCGUCAAUUCCGUCUCAUUCUCCCCAGACGGUUCGCGGAUCGCCUCUGGUUCAAAUGAUUGCACAAUCCGAUUGUGGGAUGUAAAGAGUGGCCAGCCCUUGGGAGAGCCACUUCGAGGCCAUGACGACCCAGUUAAUUCCGUCUCGUUCUCAUCAGACGGAUCACGCGUUGUCUCUGGUUCGAAUGAUACCACGCUUCGACUGUGGGAUGUGGACAGUUGCCAGCAGGUGGGACAUCCACUCCGAGGUCAUGAAGGCUCGGUUCUAUCAGUUGCAUUCUCGCCAGGCGGCUCGCGAAUCGUCUCUGGCUCGAAAGACAAGACUAUUCGGGUGUGGGAUGCAGAGAUUGAUACAGCCGCGAAUCCCCAUGAUAAAGAUAAUGAGGACCCGUUACAUCUGGAACCCAACAACGAGUCCAGAGGUACUCCCCUAAGAAUCCAGGUACCUGGAUUCCAACAAUGUUCUGUCUCGGAGGAUGGCUGGGUGCGAUCCUUGGAUAAAAUUCUGUUCUGGGUACCGUCGGAGAACCGACAUGGACUUCAACAUCCGCAUCUCCUUCUGACCAUUCCAACUGCAAGUCGGUUCCGUGCAACCAAACUUGAUUUCACACGUUUUCAAUGCGGAUCUUCGUGGAUGAACGUUCGGGGAGACGCCAAUAGGGAUAAAUAG